AUGGGUGUUCAACGCCCAGAGAGGGAAGGUGAUAUAAACGCAAGUUCAAGAAACAUCCCACCUAGGCAAGCUGACAACCCUUCCUCAGUUACUUUGGAUAAUCACUCUGCACCACUCAAGACCCAUGAGUACAAGGCCAAGCUACCAUAUCCUCAGAAACUCCAUAAAGUAGAAAAGGAUAAGCUAUUUGCCAGGUUUUUAGACAUCCUCAAGACACUUGAGAUCAAGAUCCCAUUUGCAGAAGUCCUUGAACAAAUACCUUCCUAUCCCAAGUUUAUGAAGGAUAUACUAAGCCACAAAAGGGAUUGGAAGGAGGCAGAGAUAGUUCUCCUCACCAAGAAAUGCAGUGCAGUCAUCCAGAGGAACCUACCGGAGAAACUACAAGACCCUGGGAGUUUUGUGAUACCAUGCACCAUUGGAGGCACUUGCAUGAAGACAAUCCUAUGUGAUUUUACAGCAAGCAUCAACCUAAUGUCAUUAUCAUUAAUGAAGAAGCUCCGGAUCCAAGAAGUCAAGCAUACCCGUAUUUGCCUUCAGCUUGCUGACGGCUCCAUCAAGUUCCCAUCAGGAGUGGUUGAGGACAUGAUUGUGAGGGUUAGACCCUUUUCAUUUCCUACAGACUUUGUGAUCCUGGAUAUGGAAGAGGACAAGAAUGCCUCUAUCAUUCUAGGAAGACCUUUUCUAGCUACAGGGAGAACCAUCAUUGACGUUCAGAAGGCGAAAGUAACACUGAGAGUCGAUAAGGAUGAGUUCGUGCUAAACGCAGUCAAGGCCAUGCAACACCCUGACCCCCAAGAGGAAUGCAUGAAGAUUGAUGUCAUAGAACUCCUGAUUGAAGAAGUACGUGAGGUUGAACAACUUGAUAAUGAACUGGAUAACAUUCUUGAAGAUGCCAUGCCUGAACUAGAUGCACCAGAAGAGUAG